AUGUCGACCGACGUGGAUAGACGAGCAGCAAGUAGCACGGCGUGCAAAUUAAUUCUGUGCAGAGUUAAAGAGACAGAUUCAUGGCUGCUGAUUUAUUCCACCGACCACACUGCGAUAACAUGUGACAUACGGGAAAAUGAUAACGGUCAUGGAAUUGACUGAAACUAGUGUGCAAAUAAGAGAUUGUUCCAUAGACUUUAUUCCUGUUUACAUUAAACAAGAAAAUGACGAACAUGAAACAGAUUUCAAUGAUAUUGAAAUAAUCAACGCAGCUCAAAAUUUCUGUGCUAUUGAAAUUAAAGAAAGCAAAGGAUGUGCUACAAUCAAUAACAAUGAAGAUUCAAAUGUAAACAGCAAAGACAAUGCAGAAAACACAAAUAAUUUAAACAAUUCAAAUUCGACGUUGAAUAUCGCGCAACAGAGUGAAACCUGUAACAUCAAUGGUAUUUUAAACAGUUCAGUCUAUUUGCAAAACUUAGACUACGAAAACAUAAAUAUAGAAAUACAAAAACCAACGAGUCAAAUAGCUGAAGUUUUUAUUGAUCAAAAUGAACAAUUACAAACAACCAAUUACAAUGUCUCAACAGUUACUAUACCAAGUGAACUGUUAGGGCUGAAUCUUAAUAUAAAGAAGGAGAACGAAUUAGAUCAAGAAACAGUUUAUACCACAGAAUGGUUGUGCAAUGUAAAUAAUGAAACUGACCUUCGAUUGAAAGUCUCAAAAAUCAAGGACAAAAUUCGAGAAGUUCCUACUAAUAUCGAUGAUACAAUAACAUCAGAGAAUACUGGUAAUGCAAAGACCAAGGAAAGUAAACCUGAAAGACCUAAGAGACAAUUGAAAGUAAAAUCAAAUUCACUGCAAGAUUACAAAGAGAAAUUACGAAAAAAAGCAGAGUGCAUGAGAGAAAAAAGAAAGAAAUUGUACGAGCAAGAAAGUGAAGAACAGCGUCAACAGAGACUAGCAAAGGAGGCAGCAAAGAGACGAGAAAUGAGAAUGUAUUAUGAAACACCAGAACAAAGAAGAAAAAGAUUAGACGCAGAGGCUGCAAGGAAAAGAGAGUAUAGAAUGUACAAUGAAACGCCAGAAGACAGAAGAAAAAGAUUAGAUCGUGAAGCAGAAAGAAGAAGAAUGAAAAGACUUUCGCUAUAUGCUAGUGAAACUCCUGAACAAAGAAGAGAGAGAUUAAAUAGAGAAUCAGCGAAAAGAAGAGAGGCUCGACUUAAUCAGUAUGCUAAAGAAACACAGGAAGAAAGAAAAGAAAGAUUGAAGAGAGACGCUUUGAGAGUUAGAGAAAUGAGAUUUACUAGAUCUGCUAUUGAAACAGAAGAGGAGCGCAAACAAAGGUUAGUAAAAGAUGCUCUUCGAAAAAGGGAGGUAAGAAUGCAUGGACGUCAUUCAGUGAAUAAUAAUUUCACUGAGCUUCAAACGGUUCGCAAUUUUGAAGAAUUAAACAAUGUGCAGAUAAAGGAGAAUCCUGAUAAUCAAUUGGGAGGUCAUUACUUGAGUAACUGGAUGAUGUGGUUCCAAAAUUCAUUAGUCCAACCUGUUCAUGUUGGAGAACAAAUCAUCAAAUCUCAAUCAGAAAAUAAUGGAUAA